CAGACUCGAGCUGUCACUGCUUCGUAAUGUGAACUUGAUUGGUCAAAAGUCAUUUUCGUUAAUUGUUAUCAUAAUUGAUAAUACUAAGUGGCAAAUCAAUAAAAAAAAUUGCUUUAUAUAAUAGUUGAUAUUUGUCCUAUGGCGUACUACAAUUUAUCCCAUUCAGAAUUCUAUUUGUAAAUGUUUAGAUACGCUUAAUUCAACAGGUUAACCUAAAAAUGGAGAAAUUGACCGAGUGUUUGAAGGACUGGAAAGAAUUAUCAGCAGAAUAUAAACAGCUAGAGGGUGUCAACAGAGACUACUUGGCAAAAUUGGAAGAAGUAGCCGAACUACAAGCAAAAUGUUUAAGGGAAAUAUAUCAUCAGCGUUACAGAAUGAAUGUUAUAAAUUCCACAGUCAAGAAGUUAACGAAAGAUAAAGAAAUUUAUCAAAGCAACAAGGAAACAUUGACAAAUAUAGAGAAGGAUAUGAUGAAGCGUAAAGCACAAUUGUAUGAAGUUGAGCAAACAUUACCAAAGAAAAAUAGUUUGUACCUAAGAAUAAUACUUGGAAACGUAAACGUAUCAAUAUUGAAUAAAAUAGAAAAAUACAGAUAUAAAGAUGAAUAUGAAAAAUUUAAAUUAGUAUUGAGUAUUAUAGGAUUUGCACUUUCAAUAUUAAACCUCAUGACGAAUUUCAGAACACUAGAAUUAGCAUUUAUGUUUCUGUUAGUAUGGUAUUAUUGUACACUAACAAUUAGGGAAAGUAUUCUAAAAGUUAAUGGCUCAAGAAUAAAGGGUUGGUGGAGAAUUCAUCAUUUUAUAUCAACAGUAUGCGCUGGCGUAUUGUUAGUGUGGCCGAUAACUGAACCAUGGACUCAAUUCCGAGAUCAAUUUAUGUGGUUUAAUACCUACAUCAGUUUUGUGCAAUACUUACAGUUUAGAUACCAACAAGGAGUGUUGUAUCGACUAAAGGCUUUAGGUGAAAGACAUAACAUGGAUAUCACAAUUGAAGGAUUCCACAGUUGGAUGUGGAGAGGCUUAAGUUUCUUGUUGCCAUUUUUAUUCAUUGGAUAUGUUUUCCAAUUUUAUAAUGCUUAUGUGUUAUACCAUUUGAGUUAUCACCCUGAGGCCACAUGGCAGGUUCCGGUAUUAAGCUUUUUAUUCUUCGUGCUCUUUAUCGGUAAUACUGCUACUACAUGUCUAGUGAUACCAGAAAAAAUCCGAGAAAGGGUAAAAGAAAGGUACAGAUUGAUGAGUUUGUCUUGGUCAACUAAGUUUGUGAAUCAGACGCAGGAUGUGGAUGCACAUGGCUCUGGUGAUAAAAAAGACUAAUUGUGAACUGAAGAUUAGAUGAUUCAUUAUAAUUUAUGUAUAUUUUGCGAAGUAUUUGCAUUUGUGAAAUUAAGCUUGCACCCAAAUUGUAUUCUACAAAUAGUAUUAAAUUGUUUGAUGUAUUUUUGGGAUGAUAAUGUUGCUCAGUUACUAAAACUAUGGUUGUAUAAUAAUGUUGGUGGGAUUGUAAUAUUUAACUAGUUCUAAUUUGUUGUAAAUUGUUAUUUCAUGUUUUAGUUGUUAUUUAAAAAACAAAAACUAUUUUUUAUAAUUCUAAUAUUUUGGUAAUUUCCAUGUAC